AUGCCCAUCGCCACUCGCAAACGCAAGGCAGACUCUACCACCGCCUCCGCUGACGCCACCUCUGAGCCACAGCGUAAAUUGACCAAAGUCAGCAAAGCUCUCCAGAAGGAUAGCAUCUCACAAGAGCAAGCCGCCUUGCCGGCAACGCCACAGACUUUGACCUCAGACAAGGGCAUGGACUCCGACGAUGACUUCAACAGCGUUGCCUCCAGUAUGGAUUUGGGGGAGGAGAUGAGCAGCAGCGUCGACUUUGGUGCAGGUGAGUCGGAUGUGGACAUCGACGACGACUACCAAGACGAUGGUGCCUUCGAUGCGACUGCCAAGGAUCUCGCACCCAAGCGAAAGCAUUUCGAGGUCGAAUUCAAGGUCUACAGCCCACAGGACAUCCAGAGCCAGCAAGACACGCAAAUAGCCGAGGUCGCAAACUUGCUCGAACAACCUUCUGAAGCCACCGCGAUACUUUUACGGCACACGAGAUGGAACAAAGAGCGUCUGAUCGAGCAGUACAUGGACAACCAGGAGCAGAUGCUGGACAAGGCAGGGCUGGGUCAGGAGAUCAACCAGAACCCACCUCGAGUUGUGGUGAAGAACGGCUUUACUUGCGACAUCUGCUGUGAGGAUGGCCCUGGUCUGGAGACUUUCGCGAUGAACUGCAAUCAUCGCUUCUGCACAGAUUGCUAUCGUCAAUACCUCACGCAGAAGAUCAAGGACGAAGGUGAAGCUGCACGGAUCAAGUGUCCUGGAGACGGUUGCAGGAAGAUCAUUGACGCCAAGUCACUCGACCUUCUGGUGCCCAACGAACUCACUGACCGCUAUCACCAACUUCUCAUGCGUACUUACGUGGACGACAAGGAAAGUCUUAAGUGGUGUCCUGCGCCGAACUGCGUAUACGCUGUUGAGUGUGGGGUAAAGAAGCGGGAUCUGAAUAAGAUUGUGCCAACAGUCCACUGCGAAUGCAAACAGUCCUUCUGCUUCGGUUGCACACUUCCCGACCAUCAGCCAUGCCCGUGUGUACUGGUCAAGAGGUGGAUCAAGAAGUGCGAGGAUGAUUCCGAGACCGCGAACUGGAUCUCCGCGAAUACGAAGGAGUGUCCGAAGUGCAACUCUACCAUCGAGAAGAAUGGCGGCUGCAACCAUAUGACGUGUCGCAAGUGCAAGAACGAGUUUUGCUGGAUGUGCAUGGGUCUAUGGUCGGAACAUGGCACGAGCUGGUACAAUUGCAACAGGUUUGAGGAACGUAGCGGCACGGAUGCUAGGGACGCCCAGGCCAAGAGCAGGCAGUCGUUGGAGAGAUAUCUACAUUACUACAACCGCUACGCCAACCACGAACAGUCCGCUCGUCUCGACAAGGAUAUCUUCCACAAGACCGAGCGCAAGAUGACAUUGCUGCAGUCGACUUCUGGCAUGUCGUGGAUCGAGGUGCAAUUCAUGGAGGCUGCCUCACAAGCUCUGCAGCAGUGCCGCCAGACUCUGAAGUGGACAUAUGCUUUUGCCUAUUAUUUGGCUCGCAACAACCAGACCGAGAUCUUCGAGGACAAUCAGAAGGAUCUGGAGAUGGCGGUGGAGAACCUGUCCGAGAUGUUCGAGAAACCUACCGAUCAGUUAGCUGGGCUGAAGGUCGAGAUGAUGGACAAGACUACGUAUUGCAUGAGGCGCAGGGUGAUUUUACUGGACGAUACCGCUAAGAAUCUCAAGGAGGAGACGUGGAAGUUCAAUGUUGAGCUUCGUUGA